AUGACCCAGCAAUUAAUAAAUGAAAAUAGUAAAUAUAUAUUGGAUCUUUUUUCAGAGCAAACUGUUGAUUCCCAAAGUCUAGAGUCAAUAUGUGUACAGGUUCAAAAGCGAUUUCCAAAAUCAGAAUAUUUUAACUUAUCUCUUUUAUUAUCAUCUCUUAUAACUGGUGGAGAUUUGUCUCUGCCAGGACAGCGUGUGGUAGCUGUAGCCUUGAUUUUUGACUUCUUUAAAGUGGAUAACCCAUUUAGUUCCUUGUUUUUAAAUCUCUUGGAAGGUAAACCUGGAUUUCUGCCAUUAGCUCCACAAGAGAGGUUGUUCAUUGCCCAGAUUCAUGGGUUUAUACCAGCAAAUAUCAAAGAUGUUUUAAAAAAGUCUGCAAAACAGGUGAUGUUAACAGAAGUGGCAAGCAAAGACUUGGAGUUUGAUUACUCGUCUCUGCAGUCUUUAGUUUCAGACAGGACAGCAGAUAUGAGUGCCAUAGCCAAAGUCACAACGUCAGCUCUUGUUCCACUUGGAGAUGGGUCACCACCUAACCGUAUGGCAAUGAAAGAAUUGUUAGAAGCAUUGAUGUCAAAUGACUAUAUCCCGUUGCACAGAACCCUGAAACCUAUGGGGCCAAUUCCACCUCCUCCAUUCCUCUUGGAUCCAUAUGAUAUCUAUUAUGCUAAUGACGGUGUAUGGAAAAACUUGCCUAAUCGUAGUGCCUAUGUCCCACUGUAUGACACUAAUUUGGAUGGCUUAAUCGGCUUAAAACCUAUGGAAAAAGCAGAGAAAAAAGUAACAAAUGCUCCGAAACCAAAGGAAGAGAAAAAGGAAAAACAAGAAGAGAAGAAAUUAGAAGAGAAGGACCCAACUACCGUAGUGGCAGAAGCAAAAGAGUUGACACAAAUAGCAUUAAAAGGAGCAUUAAGUGUAUCCCAUCAACAAAGACUUUUAGCUAUAUUAGAUCAGAAUCCUGAUAUUGUAUAUGAAAUUGGUGUCACACCUUAUCAGUUACCAGAUCUUGUGGAAAACAAUCCUAUGGUCGCUAUAUCAGUCCUGCUUAAGCUCAUCCAUUCUCAACACAUAACAGAAUAUUUCUCUGUGCUAGUCAAUAUGGAAAUGUCAUUACAUUCUAUGGAGGUAGUGAAUAGAUUAACAACUUCUGUAGAUCUACCAGUGGAAUUUGUUCACCUUUACAUCAGCAAUUGCAUAUCAACAUGUGAAACCAUACGAGACAGAUACAUGCAGAACCGGCUUGUACGGUUAGUCUGCGUCUUUCUGCAGUCACUUAUUAGGAACAAGAUUAUUAAUGUUAAGGAGCUAUUUAUAGAAGUGGAGGCAUUUUGCGUAGAAUUUAGUAGAAUUCGUGAAGCAGCUGCACUAUUUAGAUUACUAAAACAACUUGAUUCUGGAGAACAUAAGGAAAAAGAAUAG